UUGCGUCGUGGUAUCAUCGGAGGAAAGGGAGCUGCAGAGCAAUGGGUGAAAGGGGGGUUCAAGGCCAAGAUGGACAGGAAGGAGGCCAUCGCGAUACUCGGUCUCAAGGAUGGCCCACUGUUGAAGACAAAACUGAAGGACGCUCAUCGUCACAUCAUGCUUGCGAAUCAUCCUGACCGAGGAGGUGCACCUUACUUGGCCAGCAAAAUUAACGAGGCCAAGGACCUCCUAGAACGC